UAUUCCCAGGACUGUCCAGAGGACAAGGUCCCAGAGAAUCCUCAGAUGACAAAUCAGAGGGAAGAUCUGAUUAUUAUUAAAGUGGAGGAUGAAGAAGAGAGGAUGAUGGGCGAUCCCCCGUGUAAAAAUGAGGUGAAGGAGGACAUUCUAGGAGAUGUCACCACAGAGAAUUCCAGUAAAAUUAUUAAGGACAAAGCUAUAUUAUCACUAAAUUAUAAAGAAGAAGCUGAAGAUGUCCUGCAGCGCUCCUCGGGAGAAAACCUCAUUACACUUAAUGUACACCCAGGACUUCAAAGUACACUUCCAUUAUAUAAUCCCCCUAAUGAUGAGGAUCCUUCUCUUGACCAAUUACAGAUUGUUGCCAAAAAUACAGGUCAGAAAGGGGAUAAAAAGUUUCAGGGUAGUAAAGAUUCUACAGAACAAUCAAGACUUUCUACACACAAAAGAAUUUACUCAGAAGAGCACCCAUACUCCUGUUUAGAAUGUGGGAAAUGCUUUACAAGUAAAUCAGAUUUAGUUAAACAUGAAAGAAUUCACACAGGAGAGAAGCCACAUUCAUGUUCAGAAUGUGGGAAAUGUUUUACAUAUAAAUCAGUUCUUGUUAAACAUAAUAGAAUUCACACAGGAGAGAAACUAUAUUCAUGUUUAGAAUGUGGGAAAUGUUUUACAUAUAAAUCAGUUCUUGUUAAACAUGAGAAAAUUCACACAGAAGAGAAGCCAUAUUCAUGUUCAGAA